AUGGUGCCAGAGUAUGCUGAAUAUUUUCUCGCCCACCCUUUUCCUAGAUUAUCAUGCCCGAAUGAGCCAAUGCCAACAUUUGGUGAUGGUAAGGAUAGACCACCUCAAAGAGCACCUAAGUGGAGGAGGGACACAGCUAAGGGGAGAGAUGAGGGUGGAGAUAGAGGAGGUGGAGACGGAGAUGGAGGAGAUGGUGGAGAUGGAGGUGGAGGAGAUGGCGGAGAUGGAGGUGGACAUGGUGAUGGACAUGGAGGUGCCAGUGGCUCAGGGCAGCAAAGGGAGCAGAGGCAACUACCUGGGACAGUUGGUGCAGGUGCAGGGUCAAGGUCAGGGUUAGCUGACACAAGCGCAGGCACAAAUUGCCUCACUGACAAUCGAGAGAGAUGCAACUACAGAUAUGGUUGA